AUGCCUCCCAAGCCUACCGCCAUGCUGCUCUGUAGUGGAUGCAAGGCGUGUCAGCGGAACGCCUGGAAGACCUUCCACAAGCUCGAGUGCAAGGCUGUGCUGAGCGAAGCGCCAGCCAUGGGACCGACCACGUUGGCCAUGUACCGCCUGCUGCUGCUCAAGAAGGACGGCCGGUUCACCGAGAGGCAGUGGAAGGCGAUAAUGCAGCUCGAGUCGCACUUUGAAGAGCAGAACGAGGACCUGAGAAACGAUAUACUCGCAAAGGUGCACGGUUGGGGACGCAGGAUGGGUACAGACGUUGACUUUAUGACUGUCUGGGAGCUUCUGUGCAUCAUCUUUACCAACAGCAUGAAUGUCCGUCCAGCCGAGGCAGAUGUCUCCUUCGGCACCAGCUUGGAUCUUGUCGUGUCCAUGAUCAACCACGAUUGCAGCCCUAACGCGCAUGUCUUCUUCGAGGGCAGUCAGGUCCGAGUACGCUCGCUCAAGGCCAUUGCCGCCGGCGGCGAAAUCACUGUAUCCUAUUGCGACCCGCGUCUGGACGUGCUGCUGCGACAGGAGAUCCUUCGGCAGACGCAGUUCUUUCACUGCGAGUGCAACUGCACCUCUGGCUUCUACUCGGUGCUCAAGGGCAGCGAGGCCGCCAAAACCGAGAUGCUGUCGCAGUUCGCUGCCGCCAUCGAGACCAUGACCAAGUCCGGAUACGGCGGCCAUGCCUGGCCAGCUCACGUCGAGCCGCUGCCCAACGUCCGCAUGACACUGGCUGGCAUGUUCAAGGCCGGUUUCAGCUACGUGCCCGCCCUCAAGUAUGCUCUCGCCGGAUGCCUCAUGGCUGGGAGGCGGUGCGGAUCACCGUUUGUGCAGGAUCUUCUCGAGCUGGUGCGAAUCCUGGUUCAGACUUGCAACGAACCCGGAGAUGGGAUGCCCUUUACGGUGCAGAACUUUCCAACCAAGAAGGAGCUGCAGAUGCUGACAAUGGGAUACAUUGUAAUUCUAUGCAAGGCGGUGAGGCUUGCUUUUGGUACUGACUGCCGCUAUACGUUGAUGGUGUGGGCAUGGGCAAGGACAUUUAUGGGUGCCGGGGCCGGAGGCGUGCCUGCAUUGGGGCAGACCGUUUUCGAGGAGCAGUUCGAAAAGGUACAAAAGAAGCUGGCUUCCUGGGCCGAGGUUGACAGACUGCUGAAUCUGGGCGAUCGGAGGGAGCUAGUGACUACCGUGGUGGACGUGAUCAAGGCCUUUGAGACCUAUACAAUCAAGCCGGGUAUCGUGAGUCCAGCUGGCAACUGAGCCCCCAGAAUGAGGAAGGGGAUUGAGAAGUUCACGGCCAGAAUCCCCCGAGAACCCACUAAGCCACCAGGACACUUACCCAUACAACACUUGAACAAUCUAGGCCAGGAUACGCCAG